CCCCCACCGGACCCAGCAUGCUGGCAGGUAUCAGCCCCGUGUCACAGGCGCUGCUUGGCACCUUCUUCACCUGGGCCAUGACAGCGGCAGGCGCCGCGCUGGUCUUCAUCUUCUCCAGCGGACAGAGGCGGAUCUUAGACGGGAGCCUGGGCUUUGCUGCAGGGGUGAUGCUGGCGGCUUCCUAUUGGUCUCUCUUGGCCCCAGCAGUGGAGAUGGCCACGUCGGGGGGCUUUGGAGCCUUUGCCUUUCUCCCAGUGGCCGUUGGCUUCAGUCUCGGGGCCGCCUUCGUCUACCUGGCCGACCUCCUGAUGCCACACCUGGGCACAGCCGACGACCCCCAGACGGCGCUGGCGCUGCACCUGGACCCUGUGUCGAUGAAGAAGGCGGACCCCGAGGGUCCUGGGCCGCUGGCGCCUGCACGGGAGCUGUCCAUCCGGAUAGACAAGACCGAGAAUGGCGAGGCAUACCAGCGCAAGAAGACAGGGGUCCUGGCGGGGAACUCCACCGCCCUGGAGCCGCCACCGGGGGUCCUGGUGCCCACGGGCGGCAGCAGCUGGCGGAGGCUGGCGCUGCUCAUCCUGGCCAUCACCGUCCACAACAUCCCAG